AUGGCUGAUUUAACUAAGUGCUACUCAGAAUUCAUCAAGAUUGAGAAUUUUCUUAAUUUUCUAAUGAAGAUAAUUAGAUUUUCAAUUAUCCCUCGUAACAUUUUGUUUGGAUUUGAGAGAUAUACGAUUAUUUAUAUACUUAUAUACUACAAUAUAACGUCAUUUAUUGCUCUCUCCUACUUCAAAGGAACUAUGAUGGAAGGAUUUAUCAUCAUUGUCAUGUUACUGGGUCUAAUUCAAGCUAUAGUAAAACUUUUGGUACCUUUAAACAAUGAAAAAGAAUUAAAUGGUCUUCUGUUGUGGAUUCGAGCACUUCAUCAAGAUUAUUCUUACGACUUCGUAACACAGGCUGCAAGAAUUCAUUUCAGCACUAUUCAAUUCGUUAUCAAGAUAUUUAUGAAAAUUAUUUUUACAGUUUAUGUCGUGGCCGGUGUUGGAGUAAUUUCAUAUGCCAACUAUACGGAUUUAGUGAUACAUGCAAUUCCUUGGAUGUCUGUAAAGGAGAAUGAGUCACAUAUUUACCAUUAUAUUCAUCAAACAAUAAUACUACCAAGUGCAACUGCUAUUAUUGUAGCCCCCGAAUGCAUUCUGAUAACUAUUGGAUUUUACUUCAUAGGCAUACAAUAUGUUUUUCGCGAUAUGAUACAACAUUUAGAUGAUUCUAAUCUGAAAAACAAGAGACAGUUUUUAAGAGCAGUAUACAAUUUUCACAGUACACUUCUGAAAAAGUUUAAAAUUUUCAAUGAUAUUUAUUUUUAUGUCUUAACAAUUCAAGCUGGAUCAAGUGCAUUCAUGGUAGUACUUAUUUUCUACGUAAUUCGUAUAGAAACGAAUAUCAUAUUUGUACCCCUUAUAAUCGCAAUUCUUUUACAAUUUGCUCUAUUGUGUUUCUUUGGAGAUCUCAUUUAUUCAAAAACUGAAGACAUAUUUACCAAUCUAUACUUAACAAAAUGGUAUGAAUUUAAUGUAAGUGAUCAAAAUGUUUUUCUAAUGAUGAUGAUCAUAUCCCAAAAUCCUUUUGGACUCAAAGCUGCUGGAAUGUACGAUAUUAACAUUGUUAUGUUUAUUCAGGUUAUAAAAGCUGGAAUUUCAAUUUGUGCUAUUCUCUAUGCAUUCACCUAA